AUGAUAGAGAGUGGUAACUGUAAGCCCAAUGUGAUCACGUUCAACACACUAAUAAAGGGAUUUUGCAUGAAAGGUAACAACCUUGCAUCUAUUCAGUUGCUUAGGAAGAUGGAGGAAGAAGCUUGUAAGCCUAACAUUGUUUCCUAUAACACGACCAUCGACAGUCUUUGUAAAGAUACCAUGGUUGUUGAUGCGAUGAAUCUUUUCUCCCAAAUGAUAGGUAAGGGAAUUGCCCCCAACGUCGUUACCUAUAACUCUUUGAUUCAUGGAGUUUCCAAAUUAGGGGAGUGGAAAGAAGCUACUAGAUUGUUGAAUGAAAUGGUGAGCAAAAAUAUCUUUCCAAAUUUGCACACCUUCAACGUGUUAGUAGAUACACUUUGUAAGGAGGGGCUCGUUGGGGAAGUAAAAAUUGUGGUUGAAAUGAUGAUCCAAAGAGAUAUUGAACGUAACACAGUUACGUACAAUUCGCUUAUGGAUGGUUAUUGCUUGCGACGAGAAAUGAAAGAGGAAAAAGAAGUCUUUGAUCUAACGCUUGGCAAGGGCUCCACGGUUAAUGCUCGUAGUUACAACAUAUUGAUAAAUGGCUUUUCCAACGUUUUGUCAAAUCCGGUUGGGAAGCAGGGCGUUCGUAACUUGCAGCUACACAGGCUUUGCCUAGUGGAAGGUUUUGUAAUAGUUACUCCCUUUAUUUAG